AUGUCGGAAGAGGAAACGGCACAAUUUCUGCCUACUAGUACCACUGCCGACAACUCUGAUGGCACAGAAGAAGCAUCUACUGCUCACCAUAAACUCUUCAAGGCGACCAUUUGGUUGAUUGUCUUGGGUACCGUCGUAGUUCUGGCAAAUGUGUUGGAUAUAGAAGAGACAUCUGCCACUCUCUCAAACCUAUUGCAGGAAUCUCCCAAACCCGAGGGUAAGAGUAAGAAAAGAUACUAUUAUACUCCAUCAAAGAAAAAUUCCAGCAAUGCAACUCUACAGAGUACUACCCCUGAAUCUAUCUCUGAGCCGCCACCACCUGCUCCCGAGGUUCCAGCAGCCGCAGAAACAACACCUGCCACUCCAAAUCCUACGCAUCCUCCAGCCACACCACAACCAACAGAGCCAGUUCCGCCACCACCAGCACCGGCCGAUGAAUGCUCCAAGCUUCCAGCACCAACUGAUGGAACUUGUGCAGCUGCAAACCCUUCUACUCUCGACGAAGGGGUUCGGCAUCAAGAAUUAUAUGCUGGUUGGUAUUCUUUGAAUAAUGAUGGUUGUUGCCAAGACUUCUGUCGUUGGGUUGGCAGUAGUGGUUCAGGAGGAGACCCAAGCAUGGCAAUCAAGCAUAAGAAAUCUUAUUGGUCUUGCCGACCAGCAGGGUAUACUGCAUGUACCUACUUUGAAGGCUUUGGUGAUAGUUUCAAUUUUGUGAAAUGUAAAAGGCAGGGUGUGCCUGCUGCCUCCAAACCAAAGCAAACAGCUGAGCCGGUUCCACCACCGCCAGCACCUGAGCCUGUUGUGCCUGCACCAGCACCUGAGCCAGUGCCAGUGCCAGGACCCCCAGGACUGACCGGUGAAUGCUCCAAGCUUCCAGCACCAACUGAUGAUACUUGUGCAGCUGCAAACCCUUCUACUCUCGACGAAGGGGUUCGGCAUCAAGAAUUAUAUGCUGGUUGGUAUUCUUUGAAUAAUGAUGGUUGUUGCCAAGACUUCUGUCGUUGGGUUGGCAGUAGUGGUUCAGGAGGAGACCCAAGCAUGGGAACCAAGCAUAAGAAAUCUUAUUGGUCUUGCCGACCAGCAGGGUAUACUGCAUGUACCUACUUUGAAGGCUUUGGUGAUAGUUUCAAUUUUGUGAAAUGUAAAAGGCAGGGUGUGCCUGCUGCCUCCAAUCCAGAGCAAAAAGCUGAGCCGGUUCCACCACCGCCUGCGCCUGAGCCCGUUGUGCCUGCACCAGCACCUGAGCCAGUGCAAGGACCAGCAGUACCGGCUGGUGAAUGCUCCAAGCUUCCAGCACCAACUGACGGUACUUGUGCAGCUGCAAACCCUUCUACUGUUGAUCCUGGGGUUCAUAAUCAAGAUGCAAUUGCUGGCUGGUAUUCUUUGAAUAAUGAUGGUUGUUGUCAAGACUACUGUCGUUGGGUUGGGAAUGGUGGUCAAGGAGGUGACCCAAGAAUUAAAGUUACUCAUGGGGAUGCUUUUUGGUCUUGUCGACCAGCAGGGUAUACUGCCUGUCCCUACUUUCAAGGCUUUGGUGGUACUUUCAAUUUUGCAAAGUGUGUCAGCCAGGGUUUGGCCGCACCACCAGGGGUAGACCUAUCAGUACCGCGUCUAUGGAUACAUGUCUUGAACUGGAGCGAGGGCAUGGCCGCUUGGAGGUUGUCAGUAGAGGAAGUCCUCACAGCUGCGAAAGCAAUGAAUGGGACUUUUGUUGAGCCAUGUGUUAAUAGCGGUAGGCUGCAGUCUUGUGCUGUCUUUCCUGGAACUCCAGGCGCCAGACUUGGGCACUUGGUCAAUUUGGAGGAACUGAAAAAGUUUCACCCUUACAUUGUCAGUUGGGAAGAGUUUGUCGCUGCCACUGGAUACGACAACAGUCACCGUCAAAGUCCACAUUACUUCCAUGCAUGCUUUGAAAAGUAUCCAUGCACAGAUGGAGACUCAGAAGUCCCCCCAACCUUCCGACAAUACACCGUAAAAGUCAUGGAAGAUGCCGCCAAGGCCGGCCAACAAGGCACAUCCAUAUUGGAAAUAGCGAGUUAUCGGAAGCAGGCUCUGGUUCGAUUUCAGUAUAGAGGACGGCCUCUGAAAGAUAUCAUUCCGAACACACAGGGAUUGAUUUCUCGCGCAGGCUUCCCACCUUCUGCGUACCAACGCGUUGAAGAAAUGCUGGAAAAGUUGAACAUUCCCAAGGGUUCCCGAUGGGCCGCCAUUCAAUGGAGACCAGAAAUUGCAGGUUUGGAUUAUAUCAAAUGUGCUGAAUCCAUUCUGUGGGCACGAGAUCAUAUCAGCCAUCGAGACAACAUUCCUGAAACCAACUUUAUCCUCAUGUCUCCCCUAAGCAAUAUGAAAGGGUUGCAAUGGGGUGGUGUCAAACACAUGGCCGAGGCAAAUCAGGAGACAUCCUACCCCUCAUUGAACAUGCUACUUGAUGCUGGGUUCAAGAAGUUGGAACAAACCUUUGGGGCAGAUUUACCUGAUGGAGGGCUCUUGGCUAUAUACGAUUUCAUCCUUGGCCAGACUGCUACGUCGUUCACCACUUGCAGUGGUUGCAGUGCAGCUUCGUAUUGCAGCCAAUGCAACUAUCAAGGAGCGGCAUCACAAUUUGUUUUGGACAUUCGCGGUCAGUAUCAGAAAGCAAAUGAAGGCACUGAGUCUUGCUGGCCACAUGGAGUCUGA